AUGCCUCGCUUGGAGUGUCCGAGUGUGAGCGAAACUCCUAAACCCGAAGCCGUGGAGCAGCGAGGUCUGGAACUGCAGGAAGAAGGCCUGACGGUGCUACGGCGAGUGGGCUCGCCCUUGCACGUGGCGUUCGCAAUUGGGGGCUCGCGCUGCGGGAAGAGCACGGCUUGCAAUGCCCUGCUCUUGGGCGCUGAUGCCGGCGACAGGAGCUGCUUCGAAACCGGGAGCGCUUUUGACCCGGUCACCAUCGGUGUAGAUGUUGCUGCAAGGCGCCUACCCGGUGGAGGAGCGUUGGUGCUGGCAGACUGCGAGGGCGCCUUCCACCUCUGUGGCUCCACGCUGAACGCGCGGGGCUUCGGAGACGUGGGCUUCCUCGCCUACCACCUCAGCUCCACGGUGAUCCAUGUUUCGAUGGGCAGCAUCGACGAGCGGGAUCUCGAAGCCCUUGGCCACCUGGCCACCGACGCCGCGGAGCUGCGCUGCGACGCGCCCGAGUGCCUCAGACCGGACGCGUCGCCGCCGGAACUGCUUCUCCUGGUGAAUGGAGCGCGCUUCGAGCUAGGCAAGGGCUUUAGGGUUGCAGGGCAUAGGGUUUCGGGGUUUGAAUUCGUCAAGUAUGGAGUGCGUUGUCUUUUUCCCUGCGACUACGGCUGUGUCACAGCAAGGUUGCUGUGGAAGUGUUGUCGUUUAACGUGCAGUGCUUUUGUCUGGCCCGUCGUGAGUCUCGGCUUCAGUGCAGGUUCCACAGCCCUAAACCCUAAACACCAAACCCCUAAACCCUAA